AUGAUUCUGGACAUGCCUUCCAUCGUUCUCGCACUCAACCUGCCGGAUCUCCUCCCGCUCCUCCGGAGCCUCAGCCUAGCCAUCGUCGGAGCUUUUUUACUACGCACCAUCUACUACCUAACCCUCCAUCCCUUGGCGGGAUAUCCAGGCCCGCUACUCGCACGUAUUACCACAAUCACAUCGUUGUGGCACCGCGCGAAUGGUUCCAACCACAGCUGGCCGCUUCUCCUCCACAAAAAGUAUGGCCAUGUUGUACGUAUCGGCCCAAAUGAGCUGAGCUACACACACCCUGAUGCGUGGCACGACAUCUAUGCCAAGGCGGGCGGUGGUGGCGACUUGCCCAAAGACUUCGUCGGGCUGGGACCAGACAUGGCGGCGCCCGAGAAGGGGAUCGUGCGUGCCGACGACGCCAACCACCAGCGGCAGAGGCGCAUCUUCUCGCAUGCCUUUUCUGAACGUGCCGUCCUCAAGCAGGAGAGCCUCGUGCAGGGUCAUGUUCGCAACUUGAUGCGCAAGUUAGCCGAAGAGAAUGCGGAGCCUGCUUCUUCUUCUCGUGGCCGCGUCGAUCUCAUGACCUGGCUGAGUUACUUGGCCUUUGACAUCAUGGGAGACCUCAUGUACGGUGAGCCGCUUGGCAUGCUGGAGAGCGACCAGUCGGCGCGGCAGUGGGUACGUGAUACAUACUCGACCAUCAAGACAGUGACCCUCGGGAUGGCAAUGAUGGGAUGGCACCCGCCUCUGGGACCGCUGCUCCUCAAAUACAUAUGGGGAGAAAGUGGUAAACGCCGCGCCCAGCAUAACCGCUUCUCCAUGGACCGUGUCGACAAACGCCUAGACCGCGGUGACGACUCGGGCAGCGACAUCUGGUCGAUGAUCAUUCAGAACAGCGGCAGCGAGAAGAAGCCAGGCAUCACGCGCGCCGAAAUGUACUCCAACGCCGCAACUUUCAUGAUCGGCGGGACUGAGACCACUACAGCCGCCACGUCGGCUCUAACGUACUUGUUGCUCAGAAAUCCGGCCAAAAUGGCCAAGUUGCGCGCCGAACUCGACGGCGCCAUUAGCGACCCGCAGUCGGACAUGACCUUCACCGACCUGCGCAAACUGCCGUACCUCAACGCGUGCAUCGAAGAGGCCAUGCGCUUGUAUCCGCCCGCGCCGACGCCAAUGCCGCGGAUCGUGCCCCGAGGAGGCCAUGUCAUCUGCGGGCGCUUUGUGCCGGAGGGUACGCGCGUCGAUAUCCCGCUGUACGCGAUCGCGCAUCAUCCAGACAACUUUGCCGAUGCCGAGGAAUUCGUGCCGGAGCGGUGGCUGGGCGAAAACGACAGGCCCGCUAAGUAUGCUGAAGAUCGGAGAGACUGCAUCAAGGUGUUCUCGGCGGGACCGAGAGACUGUAUUGGCAAGAAUCUUGCUUAUCCCGAGAUGAGGCUCAUAAUGGCUAGUUUGUUGUACAAUUUCGACCUUGAACUUGCUGACCCCAACUUUGACUGGCUUGACCAAAAUAGUUAUGGAAUCUGGGAUAAGCACCCUCUCUGGGUAAAAGUGAUGCCUCGAGAGAUUGGACAGAUUCUAUGA